CUUUCUGCUCCGUGCGUGCAACUCAAUUACCUCGCUCGCAACCAUGCUCGCCUCGACUUCCCGUAACGCCGCUUGUGCAAUGUCGCGCUUCACUGCACGGGUCCCUAGCGUACGCCUGUUCUGCACCUAUCUGCGCUCUGUGAAAUCGGCUAGCCUCGUGAGCGGGAUGGCGCCCUCGGCCGCGUCGCGCGGCGUCAUGCUCCCCACCCCGGCACAGCCGCCGCUGCAUUCGCGCGGCUUCGCCGCCACUGCGGCCGCCGCCGCCCCCGACGCCGGUGGCGCCGCCGCCUCUCUUGUGGACCGCAUCAAGUCUGACAUGAAGGACGCCAUGAAGGCCAAGGACCAGGCGCGUCUGGACGCCAUUCGCUUCCUCAACGCCGCCAUCAAGCAGCGGGAGAUCGAGCUGCGCGAGGCGGGUGGCGCCGUCAAUGAUGAGGAGGUCAUCAAGGUAAUUCAGAAGCUGGUCAAGCAGCGUAAGGACUCCAUCGACAGCUACAAGGCCGGUGGGCGGGAGGACCUGGUGGCUAAGGAGCAGGUGGAGCUGACGCUGCUUGAGAGCUACCUGCCCGCCAUGCUAAGUGCGGCGGAGGUGGAGGCGGUGGUGGUGGCGGUGAUUGCUGAGCUGAACCUGUCCGGGCCCAAGGCCAUGGGGCAGGUCAUGAAGGCUGUGAUGGCGCGCACCGGCGGGCGGGCGGACAACAAGACGGUGUCUGACCUCGCCAAGGCCAAGCUGGCGCCCAAGUGAGGCAGUCGUCACGGCGCCGAAGCGGCAGCUUUUCGGCAACCCCAAAGGGCAGAAGCAGGCGGUAGAGAAAGCAGCGUAUGCAGAAGCUAAGUGCUUAGUUGUUGAAGGGAGGCUGUCGAGGAGGUGAAUAGGUCUGAGACCGCGGAGGAAGGCGGGAGAGCCGGCACCCUGCAUCGGGUGGCGAUGGUCCGGCCCGGCCGGCCGGCCCGGCACUUUGCAUCGGGUGGCGAUGGUGUCUUGUGGGCGGGGUUGACUCGGUGCCUGUGUUUUGGAUGCAAACUGAUUUCUGCAGCACACGGGAAUCACUUUGUGGAACAAAAUUGUAACAAGCGCGAGGC